CAACAUUCCUUUUGUUUAAUUGGUUCUUCCAAAAAUUAUUUCAAGACUUUUAUAAUACAAGGAACCUUCCUAGUUUCUACUUAAAAUUUAAGCUCUUUUUUUUUGCAACUACCUUUUGCUUCUUUAUCCAAAUUAUUCUUUUGUAUCUCAACAAGAUAAAGAUUUUUAAUAUAUAGUUUUUUUUUAAUUCAUCAUCUAUAUAUUUUCUUUCAUUCUUUUCUUCUUCUCCAUCUUUAAAAAAAAUGGAUUCUUUUAAACAAAUUUGGGGUGCUCCUGAGGGUUGUAGUAGUAGUGAAUCUGGUUGGACUAUGUAUAUUGAUUCUCCAAUGCAAGAAGAUGAAGCUAGAUGCAGCAAUGAAAAUGAUGGAUAUCAUCAUAAUCAUCAUAAUCAUCAUGAAGUCUUCGGCGAGAAGAAUCGGAGAAAGAAGAAAGUCGAUGAAGAAGAGAGCGACGAUUCAAUGGCCUCGGAUGCUUCGUCCGGGCCGAUGAAUUAUCAAGAAGGCUAUGGUCGAGGCGGACAAGGUAGGAACGGAACAUCGGCGUCGAAGAAAGAUAAACAAGAUCAUGGAAGUAAGAGUUGUUCUAAGAAGAAUGGAAGUAGACAAGAGAAGAAACGUGUUGAUAGUAGAAGUAAGAAAUGAUAUAGAGAAAAAUGUUGAUGUUUUUUUUUUUUCAUUGUGUAUAUGAUGCUUGGGAUUUUUGGAACCAUGCAUCUUCAAAAUUUGGAUUUGUUGAUUUGUAAUCAUAGUUCUCUCUACUCAAAGGAAAUAUUGCUAAACAUUCUUUCAAGUAUUGAAAUCUUGAGUUUUGA